AUGUCUCAGAUUGAUUAUAAUACCAUCGUGAAGAAUGCGGCAUUGGACAUACCACUGGGUCAAGAAGAGACGGCGCAGGCCGUGAUCUUGCUAGCACUUUUUGGAUGGGAGUCCGCCGUUCGAAGCGGGCACAUGGAGUUCUUGCGCUGCUCUCUGUGUGCACACGAUGUCGCUAUGUGGAAUUUCCAGUCCUUGAGGACGUUCGACGAUGACGACAAUGCCGUCGCCUCUAGAAAAAGGCUGAAGCUAUCUCAAUGCCAAGUCGAUUCCCAUGCUGAGUUCGACGCUCUGAAGCAGCAUUAUCACUACUGUCCGAUGAUUGCUAUACCCCCGGGUUCUGGUCAGCAAACUGCAGGGUGGAUCACCACAUAUCGUAGCAUUCAGUCCACGCGACCAAGGUUCAACACUCUGCGCCAUAUCAUCAGCGGCAACGCGGCGCCCGUCCCCCCCAAAGAAUCUUCAUUUCCGCCAACGAUCACCAACGUUCCUGUGACUGCUCCAAGGAUGGACGCUAGUGCGUCAAUUGCAAAGCAACUAGCUGUUGUAACGACAACAUCAGUAGAUGAGACUUCGGCGCCUUCAACGAAGGCGCGAGAGACUACUACUGUUGACGCACAAGAAGCCGAAGUAGCCGAAGUGGGCAGCACAUCAACAACUAAGGCCAUCCACGUCCCUGUGCUUGCACCCGGGGUUGCGGUUGGAAGCAACACCUUGUCACCCGCUGGCGCUCAAAUGGAGGAAUCUAUCUCGGAUUACAAGUUUAACCCGGCUCUGGAAGCCUCGACAGCCGCUCCUGGAAGUGCGUAUUCUUCGGGCUCUGAUAGGCGUUCCGACAUCCCGUCGAAUGCCUUUCCCCAGGCCACAUUUGGUAUGCAAGUUCCAGUUCCGUCCAUCGCAGUGGCCAAUCAUGAUGAAACCCCUUUGAACUGGAAAGUGGAUACAAUGGAUGUUGAUCCACCACAAUUCCAAGACUCAGAACCACUUGAAGAGCCACACGUCAGUCUUUCUUCAGCAUCCUCACCCCUUUUCAGCUCGGAGCCCAUGCAAGCGUCCUUUUUUGACCGGCCGACAUCCUCCGCUGAGGCUAUCAGCGAGCCGAUCGGCGGGAAAGACGACGUUGAUGUACCUCAGGAGGUCGCGUCAGAUAAUAACGAACAACUUCAACCAAUGGAAAUCAUAGAGUUACACGACGGAAGCAAGCUUGUAAACGAAAUUGAGCCGCUUCACAUAUCGACAGCAUCUUCGGAGCUUGCAAUUGAUGCCAAUUCGCCUGCCGGGGCGCCAUUGCACCCUAGCGUAUCGAACGAGGACGGAAACGCAACAGACCAUGAUGCGCAAGCCUUCAAACCCACUACUGAAGACGGUGAAGAUAAGCCAGUGCCGCCUCCGUCGCAGGAAGUUGUCGAUGUUGAAUCCAAGGAUGAUUUCAAGACGACCGCUGAGACAUGGAACCCGGACGUUCGUGAUGCAGCCCCAGCGACACACGAGCAGAUCGAAGGAGCAAAUGCCGACUUCGAAAAACCCUUUCCUAGGACGGUGGUUGCUUCGGGCGCAGCAGAGGUCCAAAUCGAGGGUGCAACGAUCGGUGAUGAAGAGCUCAUCGAAUCCAAGUCCCCAGACGAAGGCAUGGAAAGAGUGUUGGCAUCUGACCACACAAGCGAGGAAAUGACUUUGGCACCCUCGGAGAUUGACAUGUCGUUAGGCGAUGACACUUCGCAGGCGUUUGUUUCAGCGAAAGUGGGCAAUGCACAGCACGGCCAGUUGUCUGUUCAGCAGCCAUCAGCAGCUGCUGAUAUCCCGGAUGAGGAGGUGAACGUGGUCGCAGACGCAUCAGCAUUACCAUCCGAAACCCUGUCUUCCGAAGAAGGUAGUCAUUAUGAGACCCAAAGUUCCGAAACUAUUAUGCAUUCGGCGAAGCGCCUGUCCCCUCCAGCGCAUUUACAACGCGUGCAACCGCGUUACGCGAGAGAGACCACACUUGCCACCGAUGACUCGACGCCAGACGAGGAUGAUGUUGUAACGUUGGCGGAUCCUGUUGACGACCGUGAUACAGGCCUGACCGACGUGGACGCUCGUAGCGAGUGCACAAUGCAGGUAUUCGAUGCUGCGAGUGACUCGCCGGACGAUAGUUCGUCGGAACUGCUCCACACAGGAUUUAUUGGGAAUGUGCGCGAUUCCGACAAUCUCGAAGAGAGCGGAAAGCAGUCUUCUCCCGAAUCGAUGGCAGCUGAACCACAGAAGCAUGCUGAACUUGGAAACAAUGGAGCCGAUGAUUCGGAAGGCGAUGUUAUCAUUGUGGAAGAUGAGCCUCAUGAUGGGGAAGCAGCCGAGCAAGAAUACGAGGAAGAAGAUUAUGCGGAAGACCACGAGGAUGAACAGAUGCGGCAGUAUGAUGAGUUGGAAAGUGAUGAUGAUGGCAGUAAUUAUGACGACAACGCUUCUGACCGAGGUCAAUAUGACGAAGAAGCAACAGAUCAUGAGGAAUUUGAAGAAGUACAUCCAACAAUCGAAGAGGUGCAUUCAGUGGGGUCGGAAGGAUCGCAAGAGAUGCACGAUGUGGAGCGGCGUGAAAGCACCUUCGCUGUCCCAGAAAGCGGGGCGGAGGAUCAUCCCGAAGAGUAG